UUAUCCAGGAAGUAGAAAAACGUCAACAAUCCUUCCAGCGUUCAGGCUCGGGCGAAGUGUCAGUGUAGCCUAGCCUGCGAGGUAGCUACGCUUGAUUAUCUCGGGUGUUUUAGCAGAUUUGUUUUAUUUUUUUAUAUAAACUUAUUGUUAUUUUAGCACCCCGGACAUGUCGCUGUUUGCCAAGAUAUUCGGAGGAGGAGGAGGAAAAGGAGGAAAGGGACCGAGCCCACAGGAGGCUAUCCAGAAACUCCGAGAGACGGAGGAGAUGCUAACGAAGAAACAGGAAUUUCUAGAGAAAAAGAUCGAACAGGAGCUGCAAAUUGCCAAAAAAAACGGCACGAAAAACAAAAGAGCGGCCCUGCAGGCUUUGAAAAGAAAGAAGCGGUAUGAGAAGCAGCUCACCCAGAUCGACGGCACGCUGUCGACCAUCGAGUUCCAGAGAGAGGCUCUGGAGAACGCCAACACCAACACGGAAGUGCUCAAGAACAUGGGCUUCGCUGCCAAGGCCAUGAAGUCGGCCCAUGAAAACAUGGACAUUGACAAGGUAGACGACCUAAUGCAGGACAUUACGGAGCAGCAGGAGCUGGCCCAGGAAAUCUCUGACGCCAUCUCUAAACCUGUCGGCUUUGGAGAGGAGUUUGAUGAGGAUGAACUGCUGGCGGAGCUGGAUGAGCUGGAACAGGAGGAGCUGGACAAAAACCUGCUGGAGAUCGGGGGACCAGAGAACGUCCCCCUUCCCAACGUGCCUUCUUCUUCAUUACCUUCCAGACCUGCCAAGAAAGAAGAGGACGAGGACGACAUGGAGGACCUGCAGCGCUGGGCGAUGGAAGCCAUGUAGACGCAGCGUCUGCCACAUCAUACCUGCAUCAGAGAGGGAAGGGGGAAUGAAUGGACCGAUAGGAUGUUGUGUAUGAGUAUAUUUUUGUGUGUCUGAGGAGAACCGACUUUAUGUAACACUCGCAGGCAAAAAUGCUGUUGACUUUAUUUUCCCGUCCUCUUCAGAAAUACAGAGACCCCUGGACGCUCCGCAAACGAGCAAGUCAGGGGCUUUUAUAUUGAAGCUCUAUCACUGUACUUUGGCAAAGUCAUCUAAUAUUUUUACCUUGAAUUUUAACACAAUAUUAGCACUUAAUGGUCAUUGUACUGGGCAGGGCUAUGUCACCGCCCACAGAGUUUAUACUGAGGUGUAAUCUUAUGAGCUCUGUGGUGCGAUAAAGGAGUUGCUGUCAGAUUAGUGUUACAGGCUGCAUGGCUCAUCACUGGAUGACAUGAGAAUUUUCAUAGAUCCUCAAUAAUCUGUUUCUGACUUACAUAUUUACCUGUGUUUUGUGGCGUUAAACUGGCUGGAUGUUUUUUUUUCCUUCUUGACAAAAAUGACACUCCUGCUCUUUGUUUUUUGUUAAUGCUGUUGAAAAUAGGAGAACAGCUGAGCAUGAGCUGGAUGAAGAAGCUAUGAGCUGUGUGCGAAUCUCUUCUUUUGUUUACGGCUGCGUGCUUUGUCCUUUUUCCUCCUCCUGUCGCCAUUUCAGCGACUUCUCCCUUCCUCGAAGGCGUUCUCACCAGUGGUUCUUGUUAUUUGGUGUAAAUAUCCCAAAUGUGUCUCUUUUUAUAUACUGUAUUUCUGCCAUCACUGAGAGGUUGUGUUGAGGUUGAGUGAAGCAUGCAACAAUGGAUAAAUCCCAAUACAGAUCACAAGGCACGGCUCGAAAGAGAGAUGUUAAACAUUUUCAUCCUGCUCUGUCUGUCUGUCUGUCUCGUUUCUUCUCAUAAAGGUUUUCAUUUCAAAUUGUAUAAUGUUGAAAAAAAUAAUAAGAAACUAUUGUUACACCUUAUUAACUGCAUCUUGAAGGAGAUGGUGGUUUGUAAAAGAUUAGAUUAUACUCAAUCUACAACAUUUUGGAGUUCAAAAAGUUAAUUACUUUAGUUUUUCAAAGUCAUUAUGUAAAUGUUUUUACAUAGGGAAAAAAAUACAUAACACAAGGAUUGUAUGGACAAGCAUGUUUGCAUUUCUAUGUUUUAUUUAUCCAGAUGAGAAUAUUAUUUGCAAAAUCAUUAAAGGUUUUCAAUUCUUU